AUGAAGAAAGUCAACUUUGUGUCUGCUGAAGAGAUGGAACCAGUCCAAGAAGGGGAGGAUACACAAUUUGCUGAGGUGUGCUACAUGAGCAAUGGGCAAGGAGGUUACAACAAAGGAUACUAUAAUUACAAGUCCAACCCUGCCAUGUCAUACCGCAACACUGAUGUUGCUAACCCUCAGGACCAAGUCUAUCCUCAACAACAGCAGCUCGAUCGAGUCAAGCCCCACAACAUGGGUAUGGUCAAAAGAACAAUUACCAAGGACCCCAAGGGACUUUUCCUGGUCAGCAAAUGCACAUACCACCUGGCUUUCCCCACCAACAGAUGUCGAGUCAGGUUUUACCAAACUCCUAGACCUCUGCAAGUGCACAGAUCGCGGAAGUAUGGGUAUCGAACACAAGGACUGGCUAUUGAGUACACUUUGAAACUAUGGAUUUUGGAUCAAGCUAAAACAAAAGUAUGA